AUGACAGACACUCCGACGCAGACACUUUUCCUUAACGGUCUCCUUUCUUCUCACUGGCACCUUGCAGCUUUUUAUAUUCUCCAGCAAGGCGGUACCAUCUAUCUCGAUAAUAAUUGGUCUAUAAGGAAUGCUAAAGCCGCAGAAAGCGUCCAAUUUCUUCAUUAUUCAUGCAUUCGUGAACUUCGUCUUUUCCUCCAGCACACACCUGCGGCAAGAAAAAGAAAAAAAAAACAUUUUCUUCCUCUUCUUUCCUUUUCUUUUUUCUUCAAUAAAAUUGAGCAAAAAUGUCGGCCUCAGGACGUCGUUACUUUUCACGCAAGCGGCUGCAUAUAUAUUCAUAUCUAUCUAUCUAUCUAUCUAUCUAUCUAUCUAUCUAUCUAUUUCAGUAUGGUUUGUUUAUCUAUUUAUGUAUCUAGCUAUCUAUGUAAUAAUCUGUUUAUAUCUAUCUAUCUAUCUAUCUAUCUAUCUAUCUAUCUAUCUAUCUAUCUAUCUAUCUAUCUAUCUAUCUGUGUAAUAGUCAGUUUAUAUCUAUCUAUCUAUCUAUCUAUCUAUCUAUCUAUCUAUCUAUCUAUCUAUCUGUGUAAUAGUCUCUAUCUAUGUAAUAAUCUGUUUAUAUCUAUCUAUCUAUCUAUCUAUCUAUCUAUCUAUCUAUCUAUCUAUCUAUUUCAGUAUGGUUUGUUUAUUUAUAUAUCUAUCUAUCUAUGUAAUAAUCUGUUUAUAUCUAUCUAUCUAUCUAUCUAUCUAUCUAUCUAUCUAUCUAUCUAUCUAUUUCAGUAUGGUUUGUUUAUCUAUGUAUCUAGCUAUCUAUGUAAUAAUUGUUGUUUUAUCUAUCUAUCUAUCUAUCUAUCUAUCUAUCUAUCUAUCUAUUUAUCUAUCUAUUUCAGUAUGGUUUGUUUAUUUAUAUAUCUAUCUAUCUAUGUAAUAAUCUGUUUAUAUCUAUCUAUCUAUCUAUCUAUCUAUCUAUCUAUCUAUCUAUCUAUCUAUUUCAGUAUGGUUUGUUUAUUUAUAUAUCUAUCUAUGUAA